UUAUAAUCUAAACCCUCUCUCUCUCUCUCUCUCUCGGAGGUCUUUGAAAUUGCCGGGAAACUAACUAACGGCUCUCUUAAUCCGUAAAACCCUUUACUCUCAAUUUCGAACCCUCUCUCCCAGCUUCACUCAAAGCAAACCCCUGCUGAAUAGUUAUCACCAUUUCUAAAAGGUGACACCCUAAAACCCUAAACCCUGAUUUUCCAUGCUCAAUAAAUGGAAGCCCUUCAGUUUCCUGUCAAAACCUCACAGUCUCUCCGCCCUUUCUUCCCUAAUGUUCUUCAGACCUUCAGUCUCCGUUGCCGAUCUCGUAGAAGAGGAACCCUUUAUUUUCCAGCCCCGUAAAGACCCUGUUUUUGAGAUCCUUUCUGGGUUGAAAAAAUUGGGUUUUAGGAGGUUUGUAGCUGGGGAUUAUUUUAGGGAAAUGGUUUUGAGGUUGAAUCAGUUACAGGUUGAUAAAAUUAUAAAUUGUCUGAGAGUUGAAAGCCCUGAUUUUGCAGUGGUUUUCUUUGAUUUUAUGAGGAAUGAGUAUAGGUUCCGGCAUUCAAGGUUUUCACGGUUCGUUGUGGCCCAUGUUUUGGCGGGACAGAGGCGGCUCAAGGAGUUGCGGUUUUUUUUGGAGCAAAUGUUAAAAGAGGAAGGCUCUGGUUCUGCUCCUUCGCUUUGUGAGCUCCUUUUGAAUGGCUUUAGGGACUGGGACCAGAACAGUUUGGUAUGGGAUAUGUUGGCUUUUGCUUAUUCAAGAUCUGAGAUGGUUCAUGAUACUCUCUAUGUUCUUGCGAAGAUGAAGGACCUAAAGUUACAUGCUUCAAUACUGACCUAUAAUAGUCUUUUAUACAACUUGAAGCAUACUGAUAUGAUGUGGGAUGUGUAUAAUGAAAUCAAAGUUACUGGAACUACUCAGAGCAAGCAAACUAAUUCGAUAAUCAUAGAUGGCCUUUGUGGGCAAUCCAAGCUACGAGAUGCUGUUUCAUUCCUGCAAGAAAUUGAAGGAAAGAUGCUUGGGCCGUCUGUUGUUUCGUUCAACACAAUUAUGUCAAGAUAUUGCAAAUUAGGUUUUGCUGAUGUUGCAAAAUCAUUUUUUUGCAUGAUGCUUAAGUUUGGACUAGUUCCUAAUGCAUACAGUUACAAUAUUCUUAUUCAUGGACUAUGUAUAGCUGGUUCCAUGGAGGAAGCAUUAGAAUUCACAAAUGACAUGGAGAAGCAUGGGUUAGAGCCUGAUAUUGUAACAUAUAAUAUUCUCACCAAAGGGUUCCGUCUACUUGGUCUGAUGAAUGGGGCUUGGAAGGUUAUUCAAAGAAUGUUAAAUAGAGGGUUGAAUCCAGAUCUUGUUACAUAUACGAUACUCAUAUGUGGCCAUUGCCAGACUGGGAAUGUUGAGGAAGGAUUAAAGUUGCGGCAGGAGAUGCUUUCACGUGGUUUUCAGUUGAGUGUCUUCUCAUACAGUGUAUUACUUAGCAGUUUGUGUAAGAGUGGACAGGUUGAUGAGGCACUGGUGUUGCUUUAUGAGAUGGAAGCUAAUGGCUUGGAACCGGAUCAUGUAACAUAUUCCAUCCUUAUUCAUGGGCUCUGCAAGCAAGGAGAAGUGCAAAGGGCUCUUCAUCUAUACAAAGAAAUGUGCUUAAAGAGAAUUUCCCCAAAUUCAAUUUCAAGUGGGGCCAUUCUGUUGAGCCUAUGUGAGAAGGGGAUGAUAUCGGAAGCAAGAAGGUAUUUUGAUUCUUUGAUAAUGAAUAACUGGGUGCAGGAUAUUGUUCUGUAUAAUAUUAUGAUUGAUGGGUAUGUAAGCCAUGGUAAUGUUGAGGAGGCUGUAGAGUUAUAUAAACUAAUAACUAGAACAGGGAUUACUCCUACUGUUGUCACUUUCAAUUCUCUCAUUCAUGGGUUCUGCAAAAGAAGAAACUUUCCCGAGGCAAGAAGAUUCAUGGACACUAUCAGGCUUCAUGGCUUAGAACCAACUGCUGUGACAUACACCACUCUUAUGAAUGCUUAUUGUGAAGAUGGAAAUAUGCACUGCAUGCUAGAGUUGCUUCAAGAGAUGGAUGCAAAAUGUAUUGUUCCAACUCAUGUCACUUACACUGUAUUUAUCAAAGCGCUAUGUAAACAGCGGAAGUUGCAAGAAGCUGUCCAAUUACUCCACGAUAUGUGUGAUAAGGGUUUAAACCUGGAUCAAGUAACAUAUAAUACCAUCAUCCAGUGUUUCUGCAAAGCUCAAAACAUUAAAAAGGCUUUUAAGUUAGUGAAUGAGAUGUUGCUGAAUAAUCUUGAGCCCACACCUGUCACAUAUAAUAUUCUCAUAAAUUGUCUCUGUGUAUAUGGUAACCUUAAGGAUGCUGAUAAGCUUCUGAUUUCUCUUCUAGAACAAAAUGUCAAUUUGACGAAAGUUGCUUACACCACUAUAAUCAAAGCACAUUGUGUGAAGGGUGAUGUGCACCGUGCAUUCUUGUUUUUUUGCCUAAUGGUGGAAAAGGGCUUUGAAAUUUCAGUGAGAGAUUAUAGUGCAGUUAUCAAUAGGUUGUGCAAAAGGUGUUUGAUAACUGAGGCACAACAUUUUUUCUGUAUGAUGUUAGCUUAUGGCGUUUCUCCAGAUCAUAAAAUUUGUGAAGUACUGCUCGAUGCUUACCAUCAGUGUGGUGACCUCAUUUCAGUUCAUAAAAUGCUUGCUUGGAUGAUCAAAUCUGGCUUACUUCCUCAGAGGUUAUGAGAAAAUGAUGAUAUAUAAUUUUUAAUGCAUCCUUUAUUCCAUCACUGCCUAAUUGAUGAUGCUGAGGUUCAUUACUUGAAGGUUUAUGAAAUGAGGCUUGGAGAGUAAUUUGCAUAAUAGCAAAUCUACAUCAGUAAAAUUGAAGCUCAAGUACCCAAGAGUAAUCAGCUUUUGAAGAAGAUGCCAACAGUUUGAUAGGCUGUGAUAUUGCACAGAAUGUACCCUUCAUCUUAAUGAUUUUUAUAAUGGUGCACCUGUGGACGACUACACCAGGGAUUAGGGUGUUUGGGCAGAUCUCGGAAUGCUUAAUUGCAGAUUCUUAUUGGCUAGUUGCUCGUAUCAGACACAGUGGACACAUUCAUCAACAUAUUGGAAGAUUUGGAGUCUGACCACUUUUAUGCAUCAACCACCAUCGUUCCUGAAAAAGGGGAGAAAUUUGUGCAUGAUUGUCAUAUCAGGAAGCCAUUAGCAAGUGUAUGAAGUAAAGGCUCGUUAAAGCCAUCCUUGACGAACUCCCAAUCAGGAUCUGAUCUCUUGUAGAGUUUAAACACGGAUGGCAAAUGUUCCUGCUUGAAGACCGGGGAUCCAUGGAGAUAGCUGAACUCGACUUCACUCAAAGGCUUCAAAUUUU